UCGCUGCUGUUGAAGCUGUUGAAAUUCAAGCGCAAAUCGACAAACGAACUCAGAACGCUGCGGCUGCGCAAACGCAAAGCACGCGCCGGCCACACACUACCCAACUCCAACUCCAAUUCCAAUUCGAAUUGCAAAUCCAAUUUGAAUCAUUUCGAAUUUGCCAUAUCAACUGUUGCUUCAGUUCCAGCUGCGCUUCCAGUUGCCGUGUUUUCAUUCCACUACAGUGCGUGCGUUUUCCAGUGUUUAUAAACAUAUUUCCAACUCGCUUAUUUUUUUCAAUAUUAUUUUAUAAAGUGAAAAGUGAAAAAUCCUAAAAAAAAUAAAAGAGAAUUUUCUGCUAUCAAGAUGCGCCUCCGCUCGACUGGACCCAGGGCGCAGAUGUACACAAUUCUAGUUGGACUGGCGACGCUGUUGCCCGCGGUGCUGGGACAUGGAAGGUUAAUGGAUCCGCCGGCACGGAAUGCGAUGUGGCGCUUCGGCUAUCCCAAUCCGGUUAACUACAAUGACAACGAGCUCUUCUGCGGCGGCUAUGCGGUGCAGUGGGAGCAGAACAGCGGACGGUGCGGCGUCUGCGGCGAUGCGUACCAUGUGAAGUCGCCGCGGCCGCACGAGGCGGGCGGGGAGUACGCCAAGGGCAUUAUCUCCCGCUACUAUACGGCUGGCCAGGAGAUCGACGUGGAGGUGGAGCUGACGGCCAAUCACUAUGGCCGCUUCGAGAUGUAUCUCUGUCCCAACAACAAUCCGCGGCAGGAGGCCACGCAGGAGUGUUUCGAUCGCUACCCGCUGUUCAUCUCAGGCAGUCGGGAGCACCGCUUCCUCAUACCGCGCGACACCAAGAAGAAGGACAUCUUCCGCUAUCGCGUCCGGCUGCCGCCCUACGUCACCUGCACCCAGUGCGUCCUCCAAUGGACCUACUACACGGCCAACAUGUGGGGCACCUGCUCCAAUGGCACCGAGGCCGUCGGCUGUGGCAAGGCGGAAACAUUCCGUAACUGUGCCGACAUCGCUAUCAUCUCGAAUACCGGCGGCGGCGUACCGCCCAUCUUUGUCAACAAUAGAUCGCCCUACCUGCUGUACUAUCGUGACUACCGGGCACCCGACGACAACAAUGUGUUCCCCUUGAUUGUGCGAGAUCAAAAGUGCAUUGGUGCUCCGGCCUUCCGUAUGCUGCCCGGCAUCGACAAUUGGUGUGAGAUCAAUUGCUUGCGCUAUCCGCCCAACUGCCCGGAGACUGCCUGCCACUGUCCGCAAGAGUGCGUGGCCAUUGGCGAGCUGGAGGGACGUGAAGGCGCCGAUACCUACUGCAUGGACGAGUGCCUCAAUUACAAAUCGGAAUGCCCGCGCGAUAGGUGUCGCUGUUUCUAGAGAGAGAGAGAGAGAGGGAGAUACACACACACACACACACACAGAAACAGAGACAGAUAGAGAGUGCGAGAGCGAGAGCGAGAGCGAGGUAUACCAAUUAGCUGUGCUGCUGCCCCAUUGCCAGAUGAAGACAAAGUUUUGACGAAAUGUAAUUGAAAUUUAUAGCUCCAUUUGAAUGCGAAUAUAUAUCUAGA